AGUGAGUGGUUAAGAAUCAAAAAGCAGAAUGGACUUCGCGGCAAAACUGGAAGCAAAAGACAGUCACUCAAAACCUGUAACCUGCAAAAUCCGUGGUUCUCAGUUUCAGCCACUUGAACGGAAACUUACCAUCAGUCUUGAAUCGUUCAUGGCUGUUCAUUGCAAUUCUUUCCUUUGCUCCUACAAAAUCAGUACAAGUAAUAGACCGUUUGUGUUGCCAUGCUCGCCUACCCGUUUUCUUCCUACUUGUUAUAAUCCAAUCCGUUUAUCUUCAUACAAAUCGAGUCUCACAAAACGCAGGUUGGCUCGGGUUGUUUCCGCUGUGGUUUCUGAGGAGAACGCAGUCGGCUCGACUUCCGCCGGCACAUAUUUGUUCAAGCUCACGUAUUUAGAAGGUAAUAGCUGGUUGUGGGAUGUUGGUGGAGUGAAAAUUCUGGUUGAUCCGAUCUUGGUGGGUAACUUAGACUUUGGAAUUCCAUGGCUUUACGAUGCAGCCAAGAAGGUCUUAAAGAAUUUCCGGCUUAGUGAUCUUCCUGAAGUCGACUGCUUACUGAUCACACAAAGCCUCGACGAUCACUGUCAUUUGAAGACAUUGAAACCGCUCUCCGAAAUGUUUCCAAAUCUGCGAGUAAUAGCAACUCCCAAUGCGGAGGCAAUGUUGAACCCCCUUUUCAGCAAUGUUACAUAUUUAGAACCUGGCCAAAGCUCUGAAAUUGAAGGGAAGAAUGGUCUUAAAGUCAUAGUAAAGGCUACUGCAGGGCCUAUUUUAGGUCCACCUUGGCAGCGUCCAGAAAAUGGGUAUCUCAUCACUUAUAGGCAAGAUUGCUUGACUCUUUACUAUGAACCUCAUUGUGUCUACAACAAGGAAUUUCUGGAAAAGGAGCAUGCUGACAUUGUCAUUACACCUGUGAUAAAGCAAUUGCUACCAAAGUUCACUUUGGUUUCAGGACAAGAAGAUGCCGUUCAGCUUGCAAAGCUUCUAAAUUCCAAAUUUAUUAUACCAAUGAAGAAUGGAGAUCUUGACAGCAAAGGGCUUCUCUCAGCUAUAAUUCAGGCUGGAGGGACAAUAGAAUCAUUCAAGGAUCUUUUGUCCAAAGAGCUACCAGAUGCGGAGGUACUAGAGCCAACCCCUGGUGUACCGGUGGAAAUUCCAGCAUUAUCAAAUACCCCAUAACAUAUUUUUACUCUUUGUAAUAAUGUUGUUGUUUCAGUUAUUCUUUUCAUUACCAAUUUUGGAUACAUUUCCUUAAAGCAUGUACAUAUAUAUAAAUAUAUCAUUUCUUAGUUUUA